UGUUUUCAACUCUGUAACAACUUCGAUUCAUCUUUUUUCAGAACCUUUUCCUUUCUUUUUUCGGGAAAAAUGGGUGAUUCCUCGUCCGACAAACUGAUCGUUGUCACCCGUGAGCCUGAUGGGGUCGGUAUCGUUACCAUCAAUCGACCGAAAUCUCUUAACUCGUUGACGAGACCCAUGAUGGUGGACCUGGCCAAGGCCUUCAAGGAACUCGGGAAGGACAAAUCGGUUCGGGUCAUCAUCUUGACCGGAGCAGGACGGGCUUUCUGUUCGGGAGUGGAUUUGACUGCUGCACAGCAAGUUUUCAAGGGCGACGUUAAGGACCCGGAGGUGGAUCCGGUUAUCCAAAUGGAGCAGUGCCCGAAACCCAUCAUCGGAGCUAUCAACGGGUUCGCCAUUACCGCGGGAUUCGAGAUAGCCCUCGCUUGUGAUAUCCUUAUCGCCGCUAAAGGAGCCGCUUUCAUCGAUACUCAUGCCAGAUUUGGGAUAUUUCCUUCAUGGGGUUUAUCUCAGAAGCUUGCACGGUUCAUAGGGCCGAACAAGGCGCGGGAAGUGUCGUUGACGGCCACGCCUCUGUCGGCGGAGGAGGCUGAAAAAUUGGGGUUGGUCAAUCAUGUUGUUGAGCCGAAUGAAGUGUUGAAGAAAGCUCGACAGCUUGCGGGAGCUAUAAUGAAGAACAGUCAAGACAUGGUUCUCAGGUAUAAGUCUGUGAUCAAUGAUGGGUACAAGUUGGAUCUUCUUCAAGGUCUGGCAAUGGAGAAGGAGAGGGGUCAUAAAUACUACGACGGAAUGACGCCGGAGCAGUUUAAGAAGAUGCAAGAAUUCAUAGCCGGGAGGAAGAAACCAUCUUCCAAGAUGUAAUUGAAUCUCGAUGG